CGGCGCGCACGCGCAGGCGGCCGUUCCCAGCUUGCAGCGCUGCGCGGCGGCCGAGCCGGCAGUGGGCCGCCUCUGGCAGCCCCGGGCCGGGCGCCCCCGUCCCCAACAGCGGGGACAGGAUGGCGCUGAAGCGGAUCCAGAAGGAACUAACUGACUUGCAAAGGGACCCUCCUGCCCAGUGCUCCGCGGGACCUGUGGGAGAUGAUUUGUUCCACUGGCAGGCCACCAUCAUGGGCCCGAAUGACAGUCCUUACCAAGGAGGCGUUUUCUUCCUGACCAUCCACUUUCCUACAGAUUAUCCUUUCAAGCCCCCAAAGGUUGCUUUCACAACCAAAAUUUAUCACCCCAACAUCAACAGCAACGGCAGCAUCUGCCUCGACAUCCUGCGGUCCCAGUGGUCUCCAGCACUGACGGUGUCAAAAGUUCUCUUAUCCAUCUGUUCCCUGCUCUGCGACCCCAACCCAGACGACCCUCUGGUGCCAGAGAUAGCCCACACCUACAAGGCCGACAGAGAGAAGUACAACAGACUAGCGAGAGAGUGGACACAGAAAUAUGCUAUGCAGAACAGAAGAUAUGGAAACUUUUAACAGGUAGUCUGUUGGGUAACUGGCCUCCUCUCUUAAGUUUCUGAUGCAGCACAUUUUAAGAGUCCAGAGGUUCGAGAUUAGGUUAGUGAGAAGAAGGGGAGGAAAGAGAUUAUUCUAAUUAAACCUCCAGAGAGAGGGAGGAAAAUUGAGGGACUUCAAAUCUCUAAAGUCAAGUUUGGCCUAGUCUUUCUUAAGUGGGUUUCAAAGUUGGUCCACUCCCAGAACAGCCGUAUGAAAAAAAUGUUUGGGUGAGUUGGACCAGGGGUUGGAGAAACACUAAAAUUCUGCAACCAAAUGGCCAGGCCUGUGGAGUUUGGAAGGAAGCCUGCAGGCCUUGCCCCUGGGGAUCACCAGUCGGUGAGCACAGGAGGUUGAUCUGCUCCCACAUUGUAGCACAGCUUCAGUUCAAUGCUCUUGGUUCCCAGUGACAGUGCUGAGAUUAGUCACCAGCACUUCCUUAGCAAAGCAGGCAGCAGUCUGAGCCCGGUUUGCAUUGACUUUAUGGGGGUCCCCAUUUAGGAUCCUCUGUUACUACAACAAGGCUGCUUUUUGUGUUCCAUGGGCCCCAUUCCCUGCCUCCUACCAUGGUGAGGGUCGCCCUUUUGUCUCUUUGCUAUCCCUUUGGUCUUUACUUAAACAAAGUGACAAACUUAGGUGUCCCCUGGGAACACUGUCAUCACAUGGCUCUGCCACUUCAGACAGGGGUCACAGUGCUCCUUGAACCAAAUGUGACAAAGCACGGGAAGGCAGAAUCAAAUUUCAGAGACAAGUCAGAGGCUCACAGAAGGAAUCUCCAGGCCCAAUUUGGUGUUGAGACAGUGGGUGCAGUGUUUCAGCCUUUCAAGUGUAAUAACUUAUGACUCCCAAGAAGCUGAUGAAUUUUCUCAGUCCAGUCAAAAUGUCCCCAAGCCUGCUCUCUCCAUUGGAGAUACACAGUAGAAGUAAAAUUAUCCCUUUGGGAUCCCCAGUAUAAAUUACCAUUCCCUCUUUGCUAACUUGAGUUGCACUCUGUACCUACCAGACCCCUUGGACAGGCCACCACAGUGAUGCUCCCCAGGCCUGUCCCUGGCAAAUUCCCUGGACUCGCUCCCCCUGGGAAACUUGCUUUUCCUGCCUUCCAGGGCUCAGGUCAGCCCAAAGGACAGGCAUCUUAGGUUUAAAAAUGUACUCUGGUGCAGGCAGCUCCCGUGUAACCCACGGAUACAGAUAUCGUGUUUCCAAGGCGAAUCCCAGGCCAGUAAGUGGACACCAGAUCUAAAAAGCUAACUGCAGAAUUCUCUGUGGACCAGAGAUAUCAGGGAGGUGUGUGAUCUUAAGCAGUUGCUCUAGCAUGAACAACUGAUUUAACUCAGUCCCAAAGUGUCUCAGUUUGCUGGCGGGGGCUGAGAUCUUGAUCCUCUGUCAGGCUACAGGAAGACCCGGGAGUUCCAAGAAUAUGGCAAAGGGUCAAAAUCUCCCAACAAGGGAUUAAAACACCAGAACACCAAUGUCCAACAGGCCUGGCAGCUCACAGCUGAGCUGUGUGUCAGCACCGUGGGAUCCCACACCACCUGACUGCACAUGCUCAAGGACAGGCAGGUUUCUGUCUCUGAAAUUCAGGAAAAAGUCUCCUGAAGUUCUAGAGAGUUGCUUAUGGGACUGGUCUGCAGAACUGCUAGCCUGAGGCCUGUCCUGGCAGAGGCAGGGAAAUCCUUGAGAGCAACAUGGGCCACUCGUCACUCCCACCCUUGCCUGCCCUCCCUUCUGUGCCUCUGUUCCUCCAGCUCUUCUCGCUGUGACACAUGCUUCCUCCCUGGCAGCACUGGGUAAGGGUUGGAUGGGGAUUAGAUCUAGCCAUGAGGGACUUCCUUGGUGGCCAGAGGUUAAGAAUCCGCCUACCAAUGCAGGGGACAUGGGUUCAAUCCCCGGUCCGGGAAGAGCCCACAUGCCACCGAGCAAUUAAGCCCGUACGCCACAACUACUGGGCUUGUGCCUUGGAGCCCGUGAGCCACAACUAUUGAGCCCACAUGCUGCAACUACUGAAGCACAUGCACCUAGAGCCCGUGUUCCACAAGAGGAGCCACCACAAGGAGAAGCACACACACCACAAAGAAGAGUAGCCCUCGCUCACCACAACUAGAAAAAGCCAAUGCACAGCAACAAAGACCCUACGCAGCCAAAAAGUAAAUAAAUAAAUUUAUUUUAAAAAGAUAUAGCCAUGAAAGCUGGUCCUCUGAGAAGUGGAGGAUGGCUUACUGGUGUUACCAACCUGAGUCCUUGGACUAUGUAAUCAAUAGAAAUUGAUGAGAGACCAGACAAGAAAUACAGGCAAGGCUUUACUGGGACUUGAGCUGCAGAGUGAGAACAAGUAACAGG